AUGGAUAGAGAUUGGAUGAAAAAAAAUAGAUUGUCAAAAGACUAUGAAGAUGGAGUUAACUAUUUCAUGAAUUUCGCCAUGCAAAAUGAAGAGGAUCCUACUAUGAUAUCUUGCCCAUGUAUGAAGUGUGGAAAUUUAAAAAAAUUGAAGGUUGUAGAUGUAAGAGGACACUUAUACAUAAAUGCUAUCGACCAAACUUACCAAAAAUUGAUAUGGCAUGGUGAGAGUGUGUCUCAACCAUCAUUUCCAAAAAGAGCUCGCAAAGAGGAUGUAUCAGAUAGGAAUUUUCACAUUGAUAUGGUUAACGAUCUAGAAGAAGAGUUUGCAGAUCGCCCGGAUGAAUUCGUAAGAAUAAUUGAAGAAUCAGAACAAUCCAUUUAUACUGGGUCCAAGGUUAGCAAAAUGUCAUUUUUUGUUAAGAUGUAUAAUAUAAAGGCUAGGAAUGGAUUGAGUGAUAAUGGAUUUUCACAAUUACUUUCUUACUUAAGCAAUAUUUUUCCUGAAGGAAAUAAUAUCCCAAGUAGUACUUAUGAGGCAAAGAAGAUUUUGCGGUCAUUAGGCAUGGAGUAUGAAAAGAUACAUGCAUGUCCUAAUGAUUGCAUAUUAUUUAGGAAUGAGUUUGUGUUGGCUAAGCAUUGCCCUGUUUGUAAGUGCUCUAGAUGGAAGUUGAAUGAUAAUGGCAAGGAGAAGGAGGGAAUUCCUGCCAAAUUAUUGUGGUAUACACCACCAAUUCCUAGGUUUAAGCGUUUAUUUCGCAAUCCUGAACAUGCAAAAAGUUUGGUAUGGCAUGACGAGAAGAGAAUUAAGGAUGGAAAAAUGCGUCAUCCGGCUGAUUCUCCAUCUUGGAAAAAUAUUGAUGACAUGUAUCCCAAAAUAGCUUCAGACCCUAGAAAUCUUCGACUAGGCCUUUCUGCGGAUGGUAUCAAUCCUCAUAGUUCCAUGAGUAGCAACUACAGUUGUUGGCCAGUCAAUCUUGUUAUUUAUAAUCUUCCUCCUUGGUUAUGCAUGAAACGUAAAUUUGUCAUGUUGUCAUUAUUAAUUUCUGGGCCUAAGCAACCUGGAAAUGAUAUUGACGUGUAUUUGGCACCACUGGUGGAUGAUUUAAAACAAUUAUGGGAAGGAAUUGAAUGCUAUGAUGUAAGAAAAGAUGAAACUUUUACUUUGCGAGGAGUUUUGUUGUGGACAAUCAAUGAUUUUCCAGCAUAUGGUAAUUUGUCUGGGCAUUGUGUCAAGGGAUAUAAAGCAUGUCCUAUUUGCUCAGAACAGACAUAUGGUGUUAGAUUAACACACUGUAAAAAAGUUGUGUACAUGGGCCAUAGACGAUUUCUACAACCUACUCAUCCAUUUCGUAGGUACUCAAAGAAUUUGAUGGUACAAUUGAAGAUAGAAUUGCUCCCACUCCCAUGA